AAACGUCAUCAUUUCUUAAAUCAAUCUCGCACAAUUGCACUAAAUUUCAAGUGAAUUUUGCAUCGGCAUCUUAUUACAGCAAACACAAUAUUGCUCAAUUCGUAAAUAAAUACCGAGAAUCUAUCAGUAUUUACAUGCCAUCAAGCAAGAACUUUAAAAAUCAUGUACUAACGGGUACAUAUGCACAGUGUACUCUUUGUUACCGACGCCCCCCGAUAAAAACGCCGCAAAGCAAACGGUUUUGUAAGGUUAUAACCAGCUGGCUGCAUGGCUUUGACUCCAUUUCGAACCAGCCUGGUCGACCAAGCUUGCAAAGUCGGUCUUAGCGUGUGGAAAGGUUUUAAAACAAUGAGUAGUGAUCCGAAAUUUCCUCGAAUCCUCAAAGUGAUUGGAACUCAUGGUGGUGUUUUCCAUUGUGAUGAGGCUCUAGCAUGCUUCAUGCUGAAGCAGCUUCCUGAGUAUCAAGAUGCAGAAAUAAGGAGGACAAGAGAUAUGGGGAUAUUAGAUACCUGUGAUAUUGUUGUUGAUGUUGGAGGGGUGUAUGAUCCGGAACGCAAUCGCUUCGAUCAUCACCAGAGAGAUUUCAAUCACACCCUGUCUACUGUCUUGCCACACAUCAAGAACAAAAACAUAAAACUAAGUUCUGCUGGUUUGAUUUAUGCACACUUUGGAAUGCAAGUAAUUUCCGAAGUUUUAAAGAACCAAAAUUUCCAACCAGACACAGACUGCUUACAAGCUGUUUUCUUAGCAGUAUAUGAUGGUUUCAUUGAAGAGGUAGACGCAAUCGAUAACGGUGUGCCAAUGUACAGUGAAGGCAUGCCAAAAUACAGGAUCAACACCCAUUUGAGUGCAAGGAUACAUCGUCUCAAUCCGGAGUGGAAUUAUCCGGACGAACCAACCGAUAAACUGUUUGUUAAAGCAAUGGAGUUGGUCGGCGCUGAAUUCUUGGAAAAAGUUAGCGAAGUAAGUGAUUCUUCGGCGAAAGUGUGGUGGCCAGCGCGUGAAAUUGUGAAGUGCGCGAUAAAAACGCGCCUAAUCACGCAUGAAUCCGGUGCGAUUAUUCAACUGAACGAGCGGUGCCCGUGGAAGGAUCAUUUGAUGCAACUCGAGGAGGAACUCGGCAUGAAAGGAGAGCUCAAAUUUGUUAUAUUUCAUGAUAGUACUGAUUCCUGGCGGGUCCAGGGUAUUCCCAUUCAACCCGAUAGUUUUGUAUGCAGGGUUUUUCUUCAUUCAAAAUGGCGCGGCGUACGUGACGAGGAACUGUCGACCGUUUCCGGUAUACCUGGAUGUAUAUUCUGUCACGCAACUGGUUUUAUCGGUGGUAAUAAAACUAGGGAAGGGGCGCUUAGAAUGGCGAUUGAAAGUUUGAAAGCCGCAAAGCUUGAAAACGGAGAAUAAUCGAAUGGAAACCUUGCAUUUUAUUUUAAUCUUGUUUAAGGCUAACCCUUUAAGAAGUUAAAGUACAUACCAUGUUAUGAUGAAUUGUGUAUUAAAACUGUUUGUUUAAUGAUCUUUUAAUUGAAGAAAUGACGAAUUUCUUUGAUUACUGUUUUAUAGAAAGUAGGAAACGUUUCAAUAAAGAACCAAGUUACACGAUUA